AUGGAACAGAAAAUUAAGUUGCUGUUAUUUAUUAAAAUUUUUACAUUUAUACUUUUAAGUUGGGCAUGUCAUUUUUAUAUUUAUAUGAAUACACUUAAUAGUUCAUUGGAUGCAAGCUACAAUUAUCGUAGAAAAAUAUAUUUAAGAACAUAUCGUUUACUGUCAAAGUGUAAACGUGAUAAGAAUUCAAAUAUUGUAUGCUUAAAAGAAGAAAUACAAAAUAAUAGAGUGAGUGAAAAUAAAUAUAUUCCUUAUGAUAGGAAAAAAGACUUGGGAAAAAAGAAACAACCUCUCGCAUGUUCACGAAAAUUUUUAGGAUACCAUAAACAAGAUAUUAAUAAUAAAUUGUGUAUAUUAGAAACAAACAAAUAUUCCAUUUUGGAAAAGAAAAUAUUCAAAGAACUUGAUUAUGAAGGAUUUCUUAAAAACAAUAAGACUAUUAAUGAUAAGCUUUACAAAAAAAUAUUAUGUAAAAAAUACGGAUUAAGGCUUUUUUUACCUUUAUUAGUAUUCUUACUGUUAUUAUCGUUAAUCAUAGUAGAUUUAACGUUUCCUUCAGAUAAUAAUAAAGGUUUGUGGGGUACAUUAGGUGUGUUAGAUAAUUUGAAAGGAUGGUUAAAAACGAAAGAAUGGUUGGAAUCCAUUGUAAGUUUUUUGAAGAAUUAUAUGCCAAAGUUGUCGUCAUGUGGAAAUGUAACCACUGGCACACAAGAAAUAUGCUUUUUAUUACCAUUAUUUAGGGUUAUAAUAUAUGUCAUACCUUUAGUUAUAUUAGGUGUGACAAUAGUAUUAUCGAUCUCCUAUUAUCAUAAAAAAGUUAAAAAAUAUGAAACAAUUAAAUUCAGGAAAAGAUAA